CAGCGGGCACGGCCGGGGAGCGCAGCCGGACUCGGAGCACGGCGCGAUGCUGCGAGCGCAGCAACUUCCUCGCACCCAAGUGUGACAGGAGCGGCUGGAUUCACCUGCCUCACGGGAGAGUGAUUCGGGUGACCCAGGCAUUGCACAUGUGGAAGUGGGAGACCUCAGGAAGCCGCUGGGUCCAUCUGCAUUUCCCGAGAUGAGCCCGGACAAGCGGUGCUGCCCAGGCUCCCUUGCCGGACGGUGCCAGGGCGCCCGCGGGGCUGAUCGAUGCUUUCCUCACCACCGAGGCCACGCGAAUGAUAAAUGCCGGCGUUGCGGAGGCUGCCGGAGGGGCAGGAGACGCCUGUGCCGCCCCUCCCGGGGACUCUCAGAGUCAAUGGGGUUUAUUACCUUAACGUUAUUUCCUCUCUCUGAAGGGCAGAUUUUUGGCAGUGCUGCUUUGCAGAUAACGAGCCAGCCCCUGGCAGGGGCAGGGUCUCGGCACCGCGAUUUGUUUGGCCAGCGGUGGGAAAGGAAGCCCCCGGCACAGCCCCCAGCCUCUCAGCUGACGGCGGACAAGAGGGAGAAGGUGGAUAAGGGCAGGCGGCUUCUCCGAGCUGAGCUCCGAGGGGAAAGCAGCGGCAGGAUUUCAUUUGCCUGCCUCUUAAGGCAGUGAAGACUCCAUCCCCUCCCACGCUCCCUCCCCAGCCCUGACCCUGUCCGGCGCAGGGGUGGUGGGACCUCAGCGUUCAUCUGGAGUUUCCCAGCAAGCCCCAUGAAUCCCUAUGUCAACUGCUCCAGUUCCGAGUUCCCCCUGCCCCAGCAAGACUUCCCUGUGGAGCCCAUCAGCCCUGAUCUUAGCAACAGUACUCACCCAGAGACCUUGUUCGACCCUAAGGAUGCCAACCUGACAGAGGAGCAGCUGCGGGACAAGUACCUGGGACCUCGACGCUCCAACUUCUUUGUCCCAGUCUGUGUCAUUUACCUGCUGAUCUUCUUGGUGGGGGCUGUGGGCAACACCCUCACCUGCAUCGUCAUCCUCCGGCACCGCUUCAUGAGGACGCCCACCAACUACUACCUGUUCAGCCUGGCCGUGUCCGACCUGCUGGUGCUGCUGCUGGGGAUGCCACUGGAGCUGUACGACCUGUGGAGCAACUACCCCUUCCUGCUGGGGGCCAGCGGCUGCUAUUUCAAGACACUGCUCUUUGAGGCCGUCUGCUUCGCCUCCAUCCUCAACGUCACGGCCCUGAGCGUGGAGCGCUACAUCGCCGUGGUGCACCCGCUCAAAGCCAAGUACGUGGUGACCAGGAACCACGCCAAGAGGGUCAUUGUCACCAUCUGGGUCUUUUCGGUCAUCUGCUCCAUCCCCAAUACCAGCGUCCACGGGCUGCAGCCUCUCUACGUGCCAGGACGGGGGCGGGUGCCCGAUUCAGAGAUCUGCACCCUGGUGAAACCACGCUUGACCUACAAUCUCAUCAUCCAGGUCACCACCAUCAUCUUCUUCUUCCUGCCCAUGGGCACCAUCAGUGUUCUCUACCUUCUUAUUGGCCUGCAGCUCAAGAAAGAAAAGAUGCUGGAAGCCUUGGGAGCCAAGAACGGCAGCAGCCGCAACUGCCACAACUCCCAGGGGCAGAAGAAAGUCAAGAGGAGGCAGGUCACAAAGAUGCUGUUCGUGCUGGUGGUGGUGUUUGGGAUCUGCUGGGCUCCCUUCCACACCGACCGCCUCGUCUGGAGUUUUGUCUCCACCUGGACCAGCAACAUGCUCCACAUGUUCCAGUACGUCCACAUCAUCUCAGGCGUCUUCUUCUACCUGAGCUCGGCAGCCAACCCCAUCCUGUACAACCUGAUGUCCAGCCGCUUCCGGGAGAUGUUCAGGGAGGUGAUGUGCCGCCCCGGGCGCCGCCCGCGCUGGGCACAGAAGCGCUCGCCCAGCGUCACCCGCGCCACCACCCGCAGCACCGAGUGUGAGCCCGCGCCCGCCUCCGCGCUGCCCCUCGCCGACGCCGAGGAGUACGAGCUGGAGGACAUGGACAGGGGCCAGGCUGCCACCCACGCAAUGUCCCUGUGCUAGAGUGGGAGGAGAGGGAAGGACUCUGGGACCAGCUUUCCUCACCGCCAGCAUCCAGCUGACUGUGGCACUUGUCCUGCGGUGGGGAGCGGGGCAGGAGUGAUGGAGGGAUCCCAGCCCCUCUGUGCUGUCCCACUGGGUGGAAAGGCUGGUUGUAUCAGCAGCACUGCUCCAGGGACAUGUGGCAGUGGCCUUGCUGUGCCCUGGGUGCAUUGCAAUGCAUCCCACUGUCCUCAGCACCAGGCCUGGCCAAGGCCAGGGCAUCCCUUGUGUGGGGACAGUUGAUUUCUACAUCAGGGAUAUGUCAGCAGUCCCUAAAAAUGUUCCAUCCCUUCUGGCCCGGUGGGGUGAACCCGCAGGUACUGGAGCGGGGGACUUGGGCAUCCCACGCUGUUUUGGGACACAGGGAUGGAUGGGUGCCCCCAGAGGUGCUUGCACCUGGGAAGAGAUCCAAGGGGGUGUAAGAGUUUUGCAUGGGACUACAGAAAAAUCACAUGGGGAGAAAUGGUCUGUGGGUGCCUUCUCCCUUGGGACCUCUUCAGGGCUGUCUGGUACCAAUGUGACCCUGAUUUUCUGGCACAUCUCUUCAGUGGUGCCAGCUGGUGCCUGGCUGCAGGGUGCUGGUACAGCUACUUGCUCCCAGCCUUCCUCGUGCCCUGCAUUCCCAGCCCUUUGAGGGCAAGGGAAGGAGCACGGCUGUUCCCUCCAGAGCUGGAGUCCAUGGGGGAAAAAUAUGAGACAAAGGGAUCUCCAGGCUGUCUGUAGUGCCAAGGCAGAGCUCCAUGACUGUCUGUUUCACAUGAAUAUGCUCCCCUCUCCCCCCUCUGACCAGCCUGUGGUGGGUGCCAAUCUCCUCCUCCUCUGCCCACCAUGGCCACCUGAACUGCAGGGAAUGCGGGGAGCCCUCCUCCAUCCCUGCCCUGUAUGGGCUUAGCCUCACUGAGAAUUAAAAAAGCCACUGGCCUGAUUUGUGCCCUGUUUGUGUCCCCCAGCACCCAGCUCUGCUCCCAGCAUGGGACUGAACCCAGGCCAUGCUCCUGGGGAGGGUGACACAUGGGCCACAUGCCAGGGUGAUGGACACCAGGGGUGUCUCACCAGAUCUCCCUGGGGGCUCUGCUGCUGUGGUGGGUCUCAGGUCCAGGGGCACUGAGGGCAUGGCAGGGAGGGCACAAGUGGGACACCUGCACCCUCCCUGGUCUCUCAGGCUGAGCUGAGGCUGGGGCCUUUGCAGAGGGACAGCUGCCUCUGGAGCCAUGGCCAUCAGUCCUUCCCCAGACACACGGCUUGGAAAUGUCACGAAAAUGCCAGGGAGCGUGGGCUGGCUGGUCAUGCUCUCCCAGGCUGGAAGGACCCAUCGAUUUCCUGUCUGAGAUCAAUGCUGCCUCCCCCAUGUACACCAGGUCCUGCAGGAUGAAAUAUUGAGGAUCUGAAAUGGGAGCUGAGGGACCGCCCAAGCAGUUUGAGCUCUUGUUUUGCACUGCUUACUCAACCCCUACUCCCUCACGGCCAGCUCUGGAGGCUCCCCUGGCUCAGCAUCACUUGGCUGUGCCUCUGGUCAGUGUGGGCUAGCCUGGGGCUUGCUUGAGCAGAAAUACUGGGUGAGCAAGCUGCAGACAGAGCACUGGUAGCUGCUGUUCUGCUUCCAGCCCCUCCUAAGCACAUUCCACGGGACCACAGCCAGGCCAGUGACCAAGAAGAGGUGGGGUUUAGGGCUUGCACACUCCCUCCAGCCCCCAUCUACUCCAUCUCUAGUUCAGAGGCAGUGCAGCUGGCUUCCCCUGCUCCCUAUCCCACAGCCAGAUCUGCCAUGGGCAAAGCCCUUCCUUGGCCCUUGAGGGGUCCUGAUGGGUGCUGCUGGGUGAGGGGGAGCAUUAGGCUGCAGUGAUUUUGCCUUUCAGGGCCCUGCAGCCUCUCUCUGGAAGAUGUCAGUGUGGCUGAGAGCAUUGAGAUCCUUUUAUUUCAUCCUCUCCCUCCUGUUGGUGACAGUCCUGGCAGGGGACAGCACCCUGGCAGCCGUGUGGGGCCCUUGUUGCUGCUGCGUGGGUGGAUGUGACUGAUGCCUCCUUGAUGGCCAUUAUUGCCCCAUCUCACUUCACCCAGCUGCUUCCUCAGCCACAGAUCCCCAGGGAAUGGCUUUUUAAUAGAUAGUAUUUUAUAAUGCAGUGACAGACGCCUGUGUGGAGCUUUGGGGUCCCUCAUGCUGCACAUCGGGCAAACUCGUCCUGCUGCUCCUGGACAGCCAGGCUGUGCAGGGAUACAGCUGUGGCUGCUGCAGCUCAAGCUCCUUGGUCAGUGGCAGAGUGUGUUUUUCCCAGGGUUUUUUUUACAGGAUCCUUGGUUGCAGCACAGCUGGGAUGGAGUCCAGAGCAGCCAGAAAGGUGAGGCACUGGCUUUGCCUUUGGCUUUGCCUUUAUCCAGCCUUGCCUUCCCAGCUGCCCAGACAUCUCCUGACGUGGGACUCCCCAUCCUCCUUGGUGAUCCUAAAUUCUCCUCUCUGAGAUGCACGAGGGGAAUACGCAGCUCAAGCCCUGAUAUUUUGGUGAUGCUGGGGCUGCCCCACCACCCGUUCCACACGCACAGCUGGGCUAGGAUCACCCUGGAGAGCAUCCCAAAACUGGCAGAGAUGUAACUGCAGCAUGGCUGGUGGCAAUUCCUGAGUGGAGAUAUAUGGGCACACUUUGCUCCCCUGGCUGGGUUUUGAUGAUGUGGAGACUUCCUGGGUACCACAUAUCAGCCGGGCUCCCAAGAGAUGCUGUAAUCAAAGGCUGCCGGGCAAGUCUUUUAAUCCUAUAAUUAAUAGUAAA